CUCUGGUGAGCUGUCUUCAUGAGGAUGCAGCUGCUGCUAACCUACCAUUUUCAACAGUUGAGGUUAGUAAAAUCUACUACACUGGGUACCCGAACCUAGCUAAACGUUGGUCUUUGCAAAACCGUCCACUGUUUGGAGGUAAACGAAAAGGAAGAAAGAGAGGUAACGUUAGCUAACAAGCUAGCUUGCCAUGUUGUUACUGGAAAAAUGAAAGGUAUUCUCUCUCUCUUCACUUGCGAGAAAUGUGUAUCAGUUUUCAACAGUAACGUUAAAAGUCAACAAUUGGAUAGCUAGCAAGGAGCAAAUAUAUUCUGUUGUAGGUUAUAGGAUAGCCAGCUAGUUUUCAGUGACAAGGACAGAGGACAGCUACCUGGUUACAACGGGAAAGGGUAAGCUUAUGGGGGAGUUUGAGUGACAUACUGUACAGUGCCUUCAGAAAGUAUUCAUACCCCUUUAGUUAUUCCACAUGUUGUUUUGUUCCAACCUGAAUUCAAAAUGGAUUCAAUUGAUUUUCUCUCACCCAUCUACACAGAAUACCCCAUAAUGACAAAGUGAAAAUAUGUUUUUAGAAAUUUUAGCAAAUGUAUUGAAAAGGAAAAUACAUUUACAUAAGUAUUCAGUCAAUACUUUGUCAUUGUAGAAGCACCUUUGGCAGCGGUUACAGCUGUAAAAUUCUAAGAGCUUUCCACACUUGGAUUGUGCAACAUUUGGCCAUUUAUUAUUUCUUCAAGCUCUGUCAAAUUUUGGUUGUUGAUCAUUGCUAGACAACCAUUUUCAGGUCUUGCCAUAUAUUUUUAAGUAGAUUUAAGUCAAAACUGUAACUCGGCCACUCAGGAACAUUCACUGUCUUCUUGGUAAGCAACUCCAGUGUAGAUUUGGCCUUGUGUUUUAGGUUAUUUUCCUGCUUAAAGGUGAAUUCAUCUGCCAGUGUCUGGUGGAAAGCAGCCUGAACCAGGUUUUCCUCUAGGAUUUUGCCUGUGCUUAGCUCCAUUCCAUUUCAUUUCAUCCUGAAAAACUCCCCAGUCCUUAACGAUUACAAGCAUACCCAUAACAUGAUGCAGCCAGCACUAUGCUUGAAAAUAUGGAAAGUGAUACUCAGUAUAUGUGUUGUAUUGGAUUUGCCCCAAAAAUAACACUUUGUAUUCAGGACAAAAAGUGAAUUGCUUUGCCACAUUUUUUUUUGUAUUACUGUAGUGCCUUGUUGCAAACAGGAUGCAUGUUUUGGAAUAUUUUUAUUCUGUACAAGCUUCCUUCUUUUCACUUUGUCAAUUAGGUUAGUAUUGUGGUGUAAUUACAAUGUACAGCCUCAGUUUUCUCCUAUCGCAGCCAUUAAACUGUAACUGUUUUAAAGUCACCAUUGGCGUCAUGGUGAAAUCCUUGAGCGGUUUCCUUCCUAUCCUGCAACUGAGUUAGGAAGGACGCCUGUAUCUUUGUAGUGACUGGGUUUAUUGAUACACCAUCCAAGGUGUAAUUAAUAACUUCACCUUGCUCAAAGGGAUAUAUAAUGUCUGCUUUUUUUCAUUUUUAGAAACCUACCAAUAGGUGCCGUUCUUUGCGAGGCAUUGGAAAACCUCCCUGGUCUUUGGUUGAAUCUGUGUUUGAAAUAUACUGCUCGAAUGAGGGACCUUACAGAUAACUGUAUGUGUGGGCAUAGAUGUUUGGGGGUGGGGAUGCUGUGAUUUUUAUUUUGCCCACGGCUAUAUUGGUCUGUUAAUACAGGACUAGUAAAGGCCCAUUAUUGCCCAUGCUAUAGACGGCUAUAUUGGUCCGCUAAAAGCCAAUUUAUGCUUGAUCCGAAAAUGUAGUCGGAGGCUUUGUAUGGAGGGUGUGACAGAAUUGCGGCGCCUUCAGAGGCACGCAGAGGCCAAAUUGAGCUCCGUACUGCAUCGCUGUACGCCUCCCAAAUUUUGUAACAAUGCAGAGGGCUCCGUAUAGCUCCACAUUGUCAUGAUUGGUUGACGGUAGUUGGGGGCGGGAGGUCCUGUAUAAACACAAACUCACUUCCUUGACAACUUCCUUCACAACAGCUCUGCACUGCUCCGUGAAGCGUAAGAAGUAUGAAUGCCCUAACUUCUGCAGAGGCCGUAUCAACGUAAAUGCUGCAUGGUCAAUGCAGCUAUUGGAUUGACCAUGCAGCGCCUUUAACACAGGACUAGUAAAGGCCCAGUGCACAACUUUUGGGAGAAAAAAAAGUAUUAAUAUUUAUUUUCUUUAUUCUGAUUUUUCAGGGGGUGCUGCAGCACCCUCAGCACCCCUACGUCCUGCAGCUAUGUGUGUGUGGGGUACAGAGAUGAGGUAGUCAUUCAAAAAUCAGGUUAAACACUAUUAUUGCACACACAGUGAGUCCAUGCAACUUAUUAUGGGACUUGUUAAGCACAUUUUAAACUUAUUUAGGCUUGUCAUAACAAAGGGGUUGAAUACUUAUUGACUCAAGACAUUUCAGCUUUUGAUUUUUUAUUAAUUUGCAAACAUUUAGAAAAACAUAAUUCCACUUUGACAUUAUGGGGUAUUGUGUGUAGGGGAGUGACAAAAAAAUCUCCAUGUAAUCCAUUUUAAAUUCAGGCUGUAACACAACAAAAUGUGGAAAAGUGAUGCAUGCAUAUGUAUUCACCCCCUUUGCUAUGAAGCCUGGUGCAACCAAUUACCUUCAGAAGUCACAUAAUUAGUUAAAUAAAGUCCACCUGUGUGCAAUCUAAGUGUCACAUGAUCUGUCACAUUAUCUCAGUAUAUAUACACCUGUUCUGAAAGGCCCCAGAGUCUGCAACACCACUAAGCAAGGGGCACCACCAAGCAAGUGGCACCAUGAAGACCAAGGAGCUCUCCAAACAGGUCAGGGACAAAGUUGUGGAGGGUACAGAUCAGGGUUGGGUUAUAAAAAAAUAUCAGGAACUUUGAACAUCCCACGGAGCACCAUUAAAGCCAUUAUAAAAAAAUUGAUAGAAUAUGUCACCACAAUAAACCUGCCAAGAGAGGGCCGCCCACCAAAACUCACAGACCAGGCAAGGACGGCAUUAAUCAGAGAGGCAACAAAGAGACCAAAGGUAACCCUGAAGGAGCUGCAAAGCUCCACAGCGGAGAUUGGAGUAUCUGUCCAUAGGACCACUUUAAGCCGUACACUCCACAGAGCUGGGGUUUACGGAAGAGUGGCCAGAAAAAAGCCAUUGCUUAAAGAAAAAAAUAAGCAAACACGUUUGGUGUUCACCAAAAGGCAUGUGGGAGACUCCCCAAACAUAUGGAAGAAGGUACUCUGGUCAGAUGAGACUACUUUCGCAAGCCACUGUACUUUCUGAAGGCGCUGUAGCUAUAGCUAGCUAGCUAGCUGCAAAGUCAGCCAGCCAAAUAGCUAUGAUUCAUAUAACUUCUAGCUAUAAUUCUUAACUCCAAAGACAAGGCAAAUUGUAAAAAGCCUUGUCUUUUGGAGUUAUGAAUCAUGCCAGCCAACUAACUAAUGUUAGUCGAACAUUUAGCUAGCCUUUUUUCUGAACAGUUCAGUUGCUAUCUAACUGGUCUUGAUGUGUUAAUUACUCAUUACUUAAUUACUACUCUUAAUUCAAGUAAUGUUAGCUGUCAAUAAAAAGCCACCUUGCAAAUAGUUACAGUUAGUUUAAUGGGUCAAAAUGAAGUCAAUUAUUCCUAAAUUAUUUCCUUCUCUUCCCCAUCCCCUCAGUCCAGCGUCUAUGGCCUAUGACUGUACCAUUCAGCUGGAGAGAUGUACCCCCCAUCCAGAAAGGACUUCAUCGCUCUGACCCUCAGUGACCAACACAGCCGCAGCUACAACAACGGAAAGCACCGCCGCCAGUCCUGCUGGAGGGUGAGUAUUAUUUAUAUAAAACCCUUGUCCUACAGCAGUGGUCUCCAAGGCUUUCCUAGUCAAUCACCAAACAUUUCUGUAAAAACCCAACGAUAAAUCUUUGCUUUCCUAUUUGAUACUGAGAGAUUUAAAAAUGUUUAAAACCAUGACUAGAGAGCAUCUCAACGAAUACAGCAAAGAGCUGCUGUUUUUAUGUGUAAGUUCAUGUUUAAGUUGUUAUUCAGCACUGUCAACACUUUGUUCAACACUUUUAUAAGCCAUAACAUUUGCGUUCUCCCUACUUCCACACGCAAUGAAUGAGUACAGCAAAGUGUUACGAUAAGCUUGCGUUGUUAUUAUUAGCGGAUUGUGUCAUUUUUAAUAUCUAGGAAUAUUUCACUUUCUCUGGUCAUAGGAGUAAGCCUCACUGCUGCUCCCUCCCUCCCCUCAGACUGACCAUCAAAUGCAGGUCAUCAAUCCUGUAAAAAAAAAAAAAAAAAUUGAUUACGCUCACUCAGCUGUGCCUCACAAGUAAUACAAAAUGGUCUGAGAACAACAUUGGCAAAGUAAUUCAAGCAUAGCCAAUAUGCAGUGAGAAUGUAUUGGGCCUACAGCCAACUGCACAAACCUCAUUGCUACAGAACUGUUUUUAAUUGUUUAAUGUUUCAUAGGCUUAAGUUUUUUAAGUCAUGUAAAAAAAAAAAAAUGAGCGGUAGAAAAAAAAAUUACUAAAAACUGAGCGGUAGAUCUCAAUUUGCAUUUUGACUCAGAAAGUGAUCUUGACUCAGAAAAAGUUGGUGAACACUGUCCUACAGCCACACACCUGUCAAAACUCUCACAACAGUACUGUGAACUGGGGCCAUAUGCAUCAAGCGACUCAGAGUAAGAGUGCUGAUCUAGGAUCAGCUACCCCCUGUCUAUUGAAUCUUAUUCAGGGUGCUCUAAAAGGCUAAACUGAUCCUAAAUCAGCACUUCUACUCAGAGAAGCUUGAGACAUACGGCCCCAGGCAAUAUGCAAAAGCAUAGCAGUCAUGAAUGUGAGGAGUAGUGCUCAUGGUAGUUUUCAUUGGUAUAGGGAAGAUUAGGCAGCGUCUUCUUGGGUAUUGUUUUAUUUAGAUAGAUUCCAGUGGCAAAGCCUCUCUUGAGACAAUGAUGCAUUGUUUUCCAUCAUGGUUCACUGAUGAUUGCUCAGAUAGGCAUUCGUGGCCCAGCACAGGUAUUAAUUAUGCUAGGUGGCCAGCCUGUGAGAGUAGCUUGUUGUGCCUCUAGCUAUUUUUGUUGUCUCUAGCCUCACUGCUUGCUCUCUCCCUGGUUAGAUCAGUAUGUGAGGUAGUGGAAAAACAACCAUCUAGAGAUGUUGGAGUUGUAGCAGGCAAGUAACACAAUAGCUAUCACAGUGUCUGUCAAAAGCUUUUGUCCCUCUUUAAUGGUGAUCUGGUAUGGGGAAAUGAGCUGGGGUCCUACUGUCGUUUGAAUUGAGAGAUUGCUUUUGAGUGCUUCUUUUCCUCUUCUCUAUAGAAGUGGAAGCAGCUGUCUCGGCUGCAGCGCAGUCUCAUCCUCUUCCUGCUGGCUCUGCUGCUGAUAUGUGGACUGCUCUUCUACCCCAGCUUCUCAGAGCAAUGGAGAGGUAGGCCUCCUUCACCACACUCACUGGCUGUUAGAUAAAGAAAGCUGGGGAGUAUUUAGUAUUUGUAUGCCGCUGUGGAUGUUUAUUUAUUUAACCCUAUUUUACCAGUUAAGUUGACUGAGAACACUUUCUAAUUUACAGCAAUGACCUGGGGAAUAGUUACAGGGGAGAGGAGGGGGAUGAAUGAGCCAAUUGGAAGCAGGGAAUGAUUAGGUGGCCAUGAUGACAUGAGGGCCAGAUUGGGAAUUUAGCCACGACACCGGAGUUAACACCCCUACUCUUACGAUAAAUGCCAUGGGAUCUUUAGUGACCACAGAGAGUACAAAGCGCAGGAUCCUGUGCUUUGUGUUGCUGUGUAUUGAUGUCUGUGUUGUCAUGUGUUUGUGUGCGCUCAGUCGUGUCGGACAGGGCUGUAAGGGAGGACUGGGAUGGAGACUGGGAAAGAGGCCUGAAACCUGUCCCUCCAGGGGUCAACCCUGUGGCUGGCCCAGCCAUCGGCCAAGCUGGAGGUGCGGCUGUGGGCCUGGCGGGUGUAGCGGUCGGUCCAGAGCUGGGUCCAGCAGUGGGUCCAGGACUCAUACCAGAGGUCAUCCCAAAAGUCCCCUCUCUACCCAAACCCCUAGCCAAGGUCAGGACCAGUCUGGCUAUUGUACUAAAUGAUCAGUUUUGAUUGGUUUUAUGUUUAAUUAAACCUAAAUACCAUUCAAGUGAUUCUGGGUCCAAGAACAGACAGUGAAGCAACUGUUUUGGCUGUCCUUCAGCGCCUUUGUCAGAACAUGCUGUAAUCUAUUGUAAUUAACUGUGUUUACCUACGUAGAAGAGACCAUUCCCAAACAAGAGAGGACCUCCAAGCCUGCAGAAGGAGUGGAAUGUAUCAGAUUCACUGGUAAAACCAGUGGAGAAAGCUGAAGAGGAAGAGCAGGGAGAGAAGCCACUUGUCAGGUAAAACCCUAUUUGGUAUUUUAUUAGGAUCCCCAUUAGCUUUUGUGAAAGCAGCAGCUCAAGGACAGAACUACAUCAAUUUUAAAAAGGCACACGUAGCCUACAUAUCAGUACAUACACACAAACUAUCUAGGUCAAAUACGGGAGAGGCAUUGUGCCGUGAGGUGUUGCUUUUUCUGUUUUUUGAAACCAGGUUUGCUGUUCAUUUGAGCAAUAUGAGAUGGAACGGAGUUUCAUGCAAUGAUGGCUCUAUAUAAUACUGUACACUUUCUUGAAUUUGUUCUGGAUUUGGGGACUGUGAAAAGCCCCCUGGUGGCAUGUCUGGUGGGGUAAGUGUGUUUGUCAGAGCUGUGUGUAAGUUGACUCUGUAAACAAUUUGGGAUUUUCAACACAUUCAUGUUUCUUAUAAAAAGAAGAAGUGAUGCAGUCAGUCUCUCCUCAACGCUUAGCCAAGAGAAACUGGCAUUCAUAGUAUUUAUAUCAGCCCUCUGAUUACAAUGAAGAGCAAGACGUGCCACUCUGUUCUUGGUCAGCUGCAGCUUAACUAGGUAUUUCCUUGCAGCGCUUGCCCACGACUGGAAAAUAAUCAAGAUAAGACAAAACAAGAGCCUGCAGGACUUGCAUUUUGGAGUGUGGUGUCAAGAAAGCAGAGCAUCUCUUUAUUACUGACAGACCUCUCCCCAUCUUUACAACCAUUGAAUCUAUAGUAUAUGUUUUGACCAUGGCCGUUUAGAAUCUAAGGUAACACAAGUAAUUUAGUCUCCUCAACUUGCUCAACAGCCACACCAUUCAUUACCAGAUUCUGCUGAGGUGUAGAACUAAGGGAUGGAUUUUUACCAAAUACAAUGCUCUUAGUUUUGGAGAUGUUCAGGACCAGUUUAGUAAUGGCUACCCAUUACAAAAAAGACAUCAACUCUUUGUUAAGGGUUUCAGUGACUUCAUUAGCUGUGGUUGCUGAUGCAUAUAUGGUUGAAUCAUCAGCAUACAUGGACACACAUGCUUUGUUUAAUGCCAGUGGCAGGUCAUUGGUAAAAAUAGAAAAGAGUAGAGGGCCUAGAGGGCUGCCCUGCAGUACACCACACUUUACAUGUUUGACAUUAGAGAAGCUUCCAUUACUCUUUGAGUUAUGUUAGAUAGAAGCUCUUAAUCCACGAUAUGGCAGAGAUUGAAAAGCCAUAACACAUACGUUUUCUCAACAACAGGUUAUGGUCAAUAAUAUCAAAGGCUGCACUUAAAUCUAACAGUACAGCUCCCACAAUGUUCUUAUUAUCAAUUUCUUUCAUCCAAUCAUCAGUCAUUUGUAUCAGUGCAGUACAUGUUGAGUGCCCUUCUCUCUAAGCAUGAUGAAAGUCUGUUGUUAAUUUGUUUACAGAGAAAUAGCAUUGUAUUUGGUCAAACGCAAUUUUUUCCAACAGUUUGCUAAGAGCCGGCAGCAAGCUGAUGGGUUUGCUGUUAGAACCAGUAAAGGCAGCUUUACCACUCUAGGGUAGCGGAAUUACUUUGGCUUCCCUCCAGGCCCGAGGACAAAGACUUUCCUCUAGGCUCAGAUUAAAGAUAUGACAGAUAGGAGUGGCUAUAGAGUCAGCUACCAUCCUCAUUAGCUUUCCAUCUAAGUUGUCAAUGCCAGGAGGUUUGUCAUUAUUGAUCGAUAACAAUAAUUUUUCCACCUCUCCCACACUAACUUUACAAAAUUCUAACUUGCAAUGCUUUUCUUUCAUUAUUAGUUUUUUUAUGCUUGAGUACGAUGGCUCACUGUUCAUUGUUGGCAUUUCCUGCCUAAGUUUGCCUGCUUUACCCAUGAAGUAAUCAUUAAAAUAAUUGGCAACAUCAAAUGGUUUUGUGAUGAAUAAGCCAUCUGAUUCAAUGAAAGAUGGAGUUUAAUUUGUCUUUCUGCCCAUCAUUUCAUUUAAAGUACUCCAAAGUUUUUUUUCCAUCAUUCUUUAUAUCAUUGAUCUUGGCUUCAUAAUACAGUUUCUUCUUCUUUUUGUUGAGUUUAGUCACAUAAUUUCUCAAUUGCAGUAAGUCAGUCAGUCAGAUGUGCAGCAAGACUUAUUAGCCACUCCUUUUGCCCCAUCUCUUUCAACCAUACAGUUUUUCAGUUCCUCAUCAAUCCAUGGAGCCUUAACAGUUUUAACAGUCAGUUUCUUAACAGGGGCAUGUUUAUCAAUAAUUGGAAGAAGCAAUUUCAUAAAUGAAUCAAGUGCAGCGUCUGUAUGCUCCUUAUUAAUCAUAUCAGACCAACAAAUAUUUGUAACAUCACCCACAUAAGAGUCACAGUAAAAUCUUAUACACUAUUUUAGGCCCAGCUUUUGGAACUUUGGCUUUCCUGGAUAUAGCCACCAGUGAUCACUGCAUCCAAUGGGUACGGAUACAGCUUUAGAACAAAGUUCUACAGUAUUAGUAAAAAUGUGAUAGAUACAUGUGGAUGAUCUUGCUCCUGUAGUGUUUGUGAACACCCUGGUAGGUUGAUUAAUAACCAGAACCAGAUUACAGGCACUGGUUACUGUGAGAAGCUUCCUCUUGAGUGGACAGCUUGAUGAAAACCAGUCAAUAUUCAGGUCCCCAAGAAAGUAGACCUAUCUGUUUACAUCACAUAUUGUCAUGCUUAACCACAUUUGAUAUUGAAUUCAGCUCUGUUGACCAAUCAGGGUCAUUCUGCAGUAAUACUGUUAUUACUAUUUGUUUACAGUUUCAUAUCCUUUAUAACUUGUGUGUUGUGUGUUUCAUGCAUGUAGCUGGCGACGGGCCAUGAUCGAGGCGGACCAGGCUACAGAACCCCCACCCUCUGCCCAUGAGAAGGAUGCAGCUGUGCCCGCUGUACCAGUCAACCCUGAAGACGCUGCCCCACUGGCACCAGGUAAGUCUCUGCCACACGCACCAUCUCAUACCCUCAACCAUACCGCACCCCCUCACGUACUCCAUAGCUUGACCAGUGUUGUGGUUUUGGCUUCACAAAUAUACACGUUUUUUUGUGUGUGCUUUAUAGAGUAAAAGUGUUUACUGUGUGUAGUUUCAGUGAAGCCUGUGGACAGGCUGGAAACAGUGCGAGAGGCCUUUAGGCAUGCAUGGAAGGGCUAUAAGGAGUUUGCCUGGGGUCAUGAUGAACUCAAGCCCGUUUCUAAGUCCUACGGCGAGUGGUUUGGCCUGGGGCUGACUAUCAUUGAUGCUCUGGACACCAUGUGGAUCCUGGGACUGAAAGAAGGUAGCUAGGCCUCCACACACACAUACACCCCACUCUCUCUCUCUCUCUCUCUCUCUCUCUCUCUCUCUCUCUCUCUCUCUCUCUCUCUCUCUCUCUCUCUCUCUCUCUCUCUCUCUCUCUCUCUCUCUCUCUCUCUCUCUCUCUCUCUCUCUACUAGAUGCUACUCUCUAUUUGCUGCUGUGAAACAGAACCCAUGGCUGAAUUUCUCACAAAAAAUGAUCUGUAUUUAUAUGUCUGUCUUUCUCUCUCUCUCUCAUAUGCAGAGUUUGAGGAGGCGAGGAAGUGGGUGGAGACUGAGUUGUCGUUCUCUAAGAAUGUGGAUGUGAACCUGUUUGAGAGCACCAUACGGAUUGUGGGAGGCCUGCUGAGCACCUACCACCUGACUGGGGAUGAGAUGUUCCUGGAGAAGGCUGUGAGUGACAUGGGAAGAAAGGCUAGGACAGAUUGUCACAGGGCUACUAGACAAGGGUAUGGUCUUUACUUUUGACUCUACCUACAUCUUUUGUUUCACACUUUAAUUCCCCUGUUCACUGUUUAUUUGUGACUGACACAUACUGUAUUAUCAAAGCAGGAAAAAUGCUCUUCUCUUCACUUUAAGAAUGAAUGAGUCAGACAAGUACUUAAUUCAAUUAGCUAAUUUACUAAUGACUGUUGAUGGUGAUUAAUAGGUAUUUUCUCAUCUUUCCUUCCCUUCUGCUCCUGUAGAAAGAUAUUGGGUUGAGGUUGAUGCCUGCCUUCAAAACCCCCUCCAAGAUCCCCUUCUCUGAUGUGAACAUUGGGAAGCACACAGCCCACCCACCUCGCUGGACAUCCGACAGCACACUGGCCGAGGUCACCAGUGUCCAGCUGGAGUUCAGAGAGCUCAGCCGCCUUACCCAAGAUCCGCAGUACCAGGUGAGGCCAGAGAGGGGCGCUCUGUGCCUCCUGUGGGUCAUGUCGUGUUUUUUGGGUGUAGGCUACGGCUGUCAAAAAUUCAAUUCAACUAGGCAGACAUAUUGUGGUUUUUGACAAACAAUGAUCUCCGUUAUCUGUCAACGGAUGACCCCCAUUGAAAAACCAACCUUGACUCAAUCCGUAAUUUCUGGACACAAAAUCUCUGUCUGGCUGCAUAGAUUGAAGUUGGAGGAGUUUAACUCAUUAUUGCAUAGGUUUGAAUUUGAGAGGAAGGUUUUCCUUUGCAAAAUGUUUUUUACGGUGCGCUCUAAUAAAUAUGACCCAAGUCUUUAUCAACCUGCCUGUGCCUCCCUAGGAGGUGGUGAAUGAGGUGAUGAGGCUGGUCCAUAAGCUGCCAGGGAAACAUGACGGCCUGGUGCCCAUGUUCAUCAACACCAACAGCGGCCAGUUCACCCACAAAGGAGUGUUCACCCUGGGGGCCCGGGCAGACAGCUACUACGAGUACCUGCUCAAACAGUGGAUCCAGGGAGGCAAGACUGAACCAGAGUAAGCAUCUAUUUGGUUAUGUUUGCAAAUUCCUGGUUAUCCUGGUUGGAGGAUUCCAGAUGUCUUGCUUAUUCCCUUGAUUUCUGGAACCUGGGAGUUAAAGAAAUGUUGCAACUUAUAUUUGGUUCUAUCAGAUCACAUGAUCACAUUUGCGUUGAGGAGACUUGUCUUGCAGCAUUACAGAUAAACUAAUAGAGAUGUAUGGGUAUGUUAUGCUCAGUCUUUUGGAGGACUACCUGGAGGCGGUGGAGGGGGUAAAGAAGCACCUCCUGAGAACCACGGGCCCCAGCAGGCUGACCUUCGUAGGGGAGCUCAACCAUAACCGCUUCAACCCUAAAAUGGUGAGAGAGCGACUACACCAGGGGUGUCAAACUCAUUUUGGCCAGGGGACUGCAUUCAUUCUUCAACGAGGUGCGGAGCGCCGCACUGAAAAUUGGUUGUAUUUCCUUGUCGUCAAAAUUUGCAAAAAAUUGUCCUCUAUCCAUUGUUUUUGGAAUUUGCGAUGCUACUUGACUGUCUAGCUUUUAUUUCGGUGAUGAUUAGCGAGCUGGACACAGUCAAGAAACUGUAUGAAUGUAGGUUCAUUAUAAGUUCCACACAGUUUCGAUUUGGUUUUAGUCAUCUUAAUGUACACUACCAAUCAAAAGUUUGGACACACCUACUCAUUCAAAGGUUUUUCUUUAUUUUUAUCAAAACUAUUUUUAUCAAAACUAUGAAAAACACAUAUGGAAUCAUGUAGUAACCAAAAAAGUGUUAAACAAAUCAAAAUAUAUCUUAGAUUUUAGAUUCUUCAAAUAGCCACCUUUUGCCUUGAUGACAGCUUUGCACACUCUUGGCAUUCUCUCAUCCAGCUUCAUGAGGUAGUCACCUGGAAUGCAUUUCAAUUAGCAGGUGUGCCUUCUUAAAAGUUAAUUUGUGGAAUUUAUUUCCUUCUUAAUGCAUUUGAGCCAAUCAGUUGUGCUGUGACAAGGUAGGGGGUAUACAGAAGAUAGCUCUAUUUGGUAAAAGACCAAGUUCAUAUUAUGGCAAGAACAGCUCAAAUAAGCAAAGAGAAACGACAGUCAAAACCAUCAAGUGCUAUUAUGAAACGGAAACUCAUGAGGACCGCCACAGGAACGGAAGACCCAGAUUUACCUCUCCUGCAGAGGAUAAGUUCAUUAGAGUUACCAGCCUCAGAAAUUGCAGCCCAAAUAAAUGCUUCACAGAGUUCAAGUAACAGACACAUCUCAACAUCAACUGUUCAGAGGGGGCUGUGUGAAUCAGGCCUUCAUGGUGGAAUUGCUGCAAAGAAACAACUACUAAAGGACACCAAUAAGAAGAAGAGACCUGCUUGGGCCAAGAAACACGAGCAAUGGACAUUAGACCAGUGGAAAUGUGUCCUUUGGUCUGCAGUCCAAAUUGGAGAUUUUUGGUUCCAACCGCUGUGUCUUUGUGAGACACGGUGUGGGUGAACGGAUGAUCUCCGCAUGUGUAGUUCCCACCGUAAAGCAUGGAGGAGGAGGUGUUAUGGUGUGGGGGUGCUUUACUGGUGACACUGUCUGUGAUUUAUUUAGAAUUCAAGGCACACUAUCAUUUGUUUUUCAACAGGACAAUGACCCAACACACCUCCAGGCUGUGUAAGUGCUAUUUUACCAAUAAGGAGAGUGAUGGAGUGCUGCAUCAGAUGACCUGGCCUCCACAAUCCCCCAACCUCAACCCAAUUGAGAUGGUUUGGGAUGAGUCGGACGACAGAGUGAAGGAAAAGCAGCCAAUAAGUGCUCAGCAUAUGUGGGAACUCCUUCAAGACUGUUGUAAAAGCAUUCCAGGUGAAGCUGGUUGAGAGAAUGCCUAGAGUGUGCAAAGCUGUCAUCAAGGCAAAGGUUGGCCAUUUGAAGAAUCUAAAAUCUCAAAUAUAUUUAGAUUUGUUUAACACUUUUUGGGAUACUACAUGAUUCCAUAUGUGUUAUUUCAUAGUUUUGAUGUCUUCACUAUUAUUCUACAAUGUAUAGUAAAAUACCCUGGAAUGAGUAGGGGUGUCCAAACUAUUGACUGGUACUGUAUAUUGAGUUAUAUGUGUGUACAAUAAAGACUCACCACCUCUCUCUGUCUCUCUCUCUCCCCCCCCCUCUUUCUCUCUGUCCUUCCCUCUCUCUCUCUCUCUCUCUCGCUCUCUCUCUAUUUCUCUCUGUUCUCUGCCCUCUCUCUUUCUAUGUCCUCCCCCUCUCUCUACCCUCCCUUUCAGGACCACCUGGUGUGUUUCCUGCCUGGCACUCUGGCGCUGGGUGCCCACAAUGGGCUGCCAGAGGACCACAUGGAGCUAGCCCUGCAGCUGAUGGAGACGUGCCACCAGAUGUACGUCCAGAUGGAGACGGGCCUGAGCCCCGAGAUCGCCCAUUUCAACCUGCAGCCUUACGAGGGGCGAGACAUCGACGUCAAGGUGGGUUCUACUGGGAGAAUAUUGGAGCAUCCCAAAUGGGCACCAUAUUCUUUAUUUAGUGCACUACAUAGGGAAUAGGGUGCAAUUUGGGACUUAGACAAUAUGUGUCUGUGAGAUAUAGAGGGGUAUUUAGCUUCUACUGUGUUUCUUUCAAUCUUUGUUUACUUUGCUGCUCAUCUUACAGUGAGGGAAAAAAGUAUUUGAUCCCCUGCUGAUUUUGUACGUUUGCCCACUGACAAAGACAUGAUCAGUCUAUAAUUUUAAUGGUAGGUUUAUUUGAACAGUGAGAGACAGAAUAACAACAAAAAAAUCCAGAAAAAUUAAUGUCAAAAAUGUUAUAAAUUGAUUUGCAUUUUAAUGAGGGAAAUAAGUAUUUGACCCCUCUGCAAAACAUGACUUAGUACUUGGUGGCAAAACCCUUGUUGGCAAUCACAGAGGUCAGACGUUUCUUGUAGUUGGCCACCAGGUUUGCACACAUCUCAGGAGGGAUUUUGUUCCACUCCUCUUUGCAUAUCUUCUCCAAGUCAUUAAGGUUUUGAUGCUAACGUUUGGCAACUCGAACCUUCAGCUCCCUCCACAGAUUUCUUAUGGGAUUAAGGUCUGGAGACUGGCUAGGCCACUCCAGGACCUUAAUGUGCUUCUUCUUGAGCCACUCCUUUCUUGCCUUGGCCGUGUGUUUUGGGUCAUUGUCAUGCUGGAAUACCCAUCCACGACCCAUUUUCAAUGCCCCUGCUGAGGGAAGGAGGUUCUCACCCAAGAUUUGACGGUACAUGGCCCCGUCCAUCGUCCCUUUGAUGCGAUGAAGUUGUCCUGUCCCCUUAGCAGAAAAACACCCCCAAAGCAUAAUGUUUCCACCACCAUGUUUGACGGUGGGGAUGGUGUUCUUGGGGUCAUAGGCAGCAUUCCUCCUCUUCCGAACACGGCGAGUUGAGUUGAUGCCAAAGAGCUCGAUUUUGGUCUCAUCUGACCACAACACUUUCACCCAGUUCUCCUCUGAAUCAUUCAGAUGUUCAUUGGCAAACUUCAGACGGCCCUGUAUAUGUGCUUUCUUGAGCAGGGGGACCUUGCGGGCGCUGCAGGAUUUCAGUCCUUCACGGCGUAGUGUGUUACCAAUUGUUUUCUUGGUGACUAUGGUCCCAGCUGCCUUGAGAUCAUUGACAAGAUCCUCCCGUGUAGUUCUGGGCUGAUUCCUCACCGUUCUCAUGAUCAUUGCAACUCCACGAGGUGAGAUCUUGCAUGGAGCCCCAGGCAGAGGGAGAUUGACAGUUCUUUUGUGUUUCUCCAUUUGCAAAUAAUCGCACCAACUGUUGUCACCUUCUCAACCAAGCUGCUUGCCGAUGGUCUUGUAGCCCAUUCCAGCCUUGUGUAGGUCUACAAUCUUGUCCCUGACAUCCUUGGAGAGCUCUUUGGUCUUGGCCAUGGUGGAGAGUUUGGAAUAUGAUUGAUUGAUUGCUUCUGUGGACAGGUAUCUUUUAUACAGGUAACAAGCUGCGAUUAGGAGCACUCCCUUUAAGUGUGCUCCUAAUCUCAGCUCGUUACCUGUAUAAAAGACACCUGGGAGCCAGAAAUCUUUCUGAUUGAGAGGGGGUCAAAUACUUAUUUCCCUCAUUAAAAUGCAAAUCAAUUUAUAAAAAUUUUUGACAUGCGUUUUUCUGGAUUUUUUUGUUGUUAUUCUGUCUCUCACUGUUCAAAUAAACCUACCAUUAAAAUGAUAGACUGAUCAUUUCUUUGUCAGUGGGCAAACGUACAACAUCAGCAGGGGAUCAAAUACUUUUUUCCCUCACUGUAUUUCUGUGUCUUGCACUAAUCCCUGUCUAGAGAUUUCGAGUGGCAGAGUAAUAGGAGUCAUUAGUGGCUCCAGGGUGUAAUAAAGCUGAAAAUAUAUCAGAUACACAGUAUUUGUUUUCUCCCUCACUGCUGGAAUUAACCCUCUAAAAACUUGUUUCCCAAAUACUACAGCAUACAAACUUCAUCAAUCAAAGCAUAAGAAGAUGUAUAUUUGCACCCACUUUACUGUCAAUGUGUAUUGUUGAUUCUUAAAUGGCACCCUAUUCCCUAAAAGUAGUGCACUGUAUAGGAAAUGGGGUGCAAUUUCGGAAGCACCCUAUGUGCGUUUGCAUGUAUUUUCUCCCGCAGCCUUCAGACAGACACAACCUCCUGAGACCAGAGACAGUGGAGAGUCUGUUCUACCUGUACAGAUUCACUAAGGAAACUAAAUACAGAGACUGGGGCUGGGACAUUCUAGAGAGCUUCAACAGAUACACCAGGGUGAGUCCAAUGUCUUGCGUCAGAUAGCGCAACGACUCUCUCUGGACUGAUCUGUCUGAUAUUUUGCAAACUUUUAUAUGGGAUAGAUCAUUUACAUUUAAAUUUUUAGUCAUUUAUCAGACGCUCUUAUCCAGAGUGACUUACAGUUAGUGAGUGCAUACAUUAUUUAUAUUUUAUAUUUCAUACUGGCCCCCCGUGGGAAAAGUAUUUUGGCAACUUUUAUGCUGUCAUACCAUUCGAAAAUGUUUUUAAGGUGACUUCGUCUAACGAACCACCUAACAGUCAGGAUUAAUCUUAACAAAAACGAUAAACCUGUAGGCAAUUUUGACGUUUUCUUAACUACCUAAUUCUACAUCAAGCUAAGGAGGUUGAAGAAGCAGUAUUUAUAACGUUUGAAAUGCUAGCUAGCUUGGUUGUUAGCUAAGCUAGUCUCACUGGCUGAAUUAAGAAGCUAAAUGAGCUACAUUCUGAGAACAGUCCCAUAAUUUUGUGCAGUACAACUUUAUUAGCAUGCUGGCUAACUAGCUACCGUAAGGGCCAUUUAAACAAGCUAGCACAUUUAUGUCAGUAAACUGUGUUCUGCUAAAUACAAGAAGUUUGAUCAGCUGACAGACUGGUGCAUGGUUUCAGUUAGCCAUUGCAUCUGCCAGCUGGUUCAUAGCGUGUCAAUGCAAGAACGCAGUCAUUUCUAAAACCCAGAUCCUACUUUCAUGCGGAUGCAGAGGAAUCUUUAUUGUUAAAGAUGAGCUCUACGAUUUGCAUGACAGAUGGCUCAUGACAAUGCAGUCUCGUUAGAAAGACGCCAUCUGUCGGAAGGCAAUAGGGUGAGUCUACUUGAAUUUCUCAAUGAACAUAAUCAUCUGAGCUGUGACACCAAUGCUGCCUUCUUAAGGGAUCCGGCUUGACUCACUGUGGGGUCGUUCCAUGUCAUUUCAGCAAGCCAUGACACCCACCAUCUCAGAUUGUUCUGAAAUCAUUUAUGUAGUUAAAAAAAGAUAAGAUUAGCAUUCCUGCAACAUAACUUUUUUUUAAAUCUAAUUUGAUCUCUUGAGAAAUUAAGCGAAUUGAUUGCACCCAAAUUGGCAAUUGUAAUUUAUAGGAUUCAUAUAAUAUUCAAUAAAUAUAGUACUUAACAUCAGAUUUGUACCAAACUUUUUUCUAACAAUGAGGAAUCCCCCUCAAAAAUCAAAGCCACCCCACUCCAAUCCCACCCUAACAACGAGUAUACAGUAUCCGUUCUCUAUGUCUGACAAGUAGUAUGGAGCUGUGGCUUGGAGUAUUUUUUCUUCAUUUAUGUAAUGUAUUCUCAGUGAAUUUGGUGAUUGUUUUUUCCCCCUGUUAGUCAUUGAAGUUGUUAGGUUUAUGUCCAAUCCUACAUCCUGAUAUUACCAAGGUCUGAACACUAGAUGUUGCUGUUCCUACUUAGGUGAUUUGUUUUUUUUAAGAACGUCUCAAUAUUAAAGGGAUAGUUCACCCAAAUUACAAAAAAACAGAUUGGUUUCCUUACCCUGUAAGCAGUUUAUGGACAAGGUAUGACAGCAACCCAUGUUUUGGUUUUGUUUACCUGGACCCUGUUUCAAAUGCUAACUUUUUAUAUCCAAAUAAUCUAUAAGUAACAUCAUUGAGUUUUUUUUAGAUACUUCAGGAUGAUUUGGACAUGAAGCGUGAGAAUGCUAAUAUAGGUACCAUUAACUUGCAUUGGAUUUGUGCCACAAAUGCUAAAAACAGUGGAAACAAUGGACAGCAAAACAAACGCAUGGAUUGCUGUCAUGCCUUAUCCUUAGACUGCUUACAGGAUAAAGAAACAUAUGUAUUUUUAUAAUUUGGGUGAACUAUUCCUUUAAAAAUAUAUAUUUUGUAUCACCUGGAACAGUACUAUCUAGUGGUCUGAACCUGGUAAUAUGUAGGAUGGGACAUAAACCUAACAACUUCAAUAAUUAAUUUAUCUGAACAGGGGGAAAAAAACUUCACCAAAAUCCACUGGGAAUACAUUACAUAGGAUGAAGAAACAAUACUUCAAGCCGCAGCUCCAUAAUACUUGUCAGACAUGGAGAACUGAUACGAUAUACUCAUAUUUGGGGUGGGAUUGGAAUGGGGUGUGGAGGGUCCAUAAGUUUGGUCCAAAUCAGAUGUUUGGUACUAUAUUUAUUGAUUAUUAUAUGAAUCUUAUAAAUUAAAAUGGCCAAUUUGGGUGCAAUCAAUUAGCUUAAUUUCUCAGAGAUUAAAUGAUAUUUCAACAAAAUAAUGUUGCAGGAAUGCUAAUCUUAUCUGUUUCGAACAACAGAAACAAUUUCAGAACAAUCUGAAAUGGUGGGUGUCGAAAUCCUCUUGUGCUUUUUGAGGUGGAAUGUCCCUGUGGUGUGGUGGCGAAGAGUCAAAGACAGACUUGUAGAUUGGAUUUCAUGUGGAGGAGUUUGGGUUUCCUGUCCCUUCAUGCUCUGCUUCCUCUCCAGGUGCCAAGCGGAGGCUAUACCUCCAUCAGUAACGUGCGUGACCCCGUGAACCCUGGUCCCAGGGACAAGAUGGAGAGCUUCUUCCUGGGGGAGACGCUCAAGUACUUAUAUCUGUUGUUCUCAGAUGACCUGGAGCUGCUUAGCCUAGACAAGUAUGUGUUCAACACCGAGGCCCACCCACUACCCAUCUGGCAAUCUCCUCCG